AUGCAAUAAAAUUCAAGUCCUCUAUUAAUUAUUGACUCCAGAUAUACACUAUAUGACUUUAGGCAGAAAACAACAUACAAAUAUAAUACUGUUCUGUAAAAAUCUUUCUAGAAACUUCAAUAACAUUUUCAAAUAUUAGUUGUUUUCUGUCACUCUAAACCUAAUACGAAUUAAUUCUUUUUUAAUGAAUUUCAAAAGAAUUUUAAAGGAAUUGAUUCUAAAUAACUCUCCAUUCAAGAAUUAAAAGAAACAUCAUAUUAAAAUCAAGAAAUUAUUGUGGUAACUCAUAAUUAUGAAUAAUUCACUCUUAAUCAAAAAUAUCAGUUAUAUUAUUUUUCUAGCAUCUCUUAACAAUUAGAAAAAAAAAAAAAGUUAGAACUUAAGUAUUAUGAAAAAAAUCCUAGACCAAAAUUUCAUAUUUCUCAUAUUUAAUAGAUAAUGUCUUUUUUUUCAAAGUCUGAAAAUCCAUUUUGUGUAGGCUAUUAUUUUUAUCCUAAAAAGUUUAAUGAAUUAAUUCAAUUUGAAGCAUUAAUUACAAAUAGCAAUUUUAAUUAUCUUCCUAUUGAUUUUCGAUUUUAAAAUAAAUAUAGAGAAAUUGAUUUAUUGUUUCAUAGAUUUAUGGAUAUUUAUAAAAGAAAGGAAAUAAAUAUGAAACAAAAUGAAGUUGAAUUAUUUUAAUAAAAUUAUGACUUAUUUAUUAAGGAGAAUAAAUAAAUUCCUGUAAUUGACUCAAUAGAAUGUUUAAAAUUGUUAAUUUAGAGAGAUGAAUUAAAUAUCAAAUUAUAAUCUAUUUUUGAUAGCCCAGAAUUCUAAAAUGUUGUAAAGGAACAUAACAUAAAGAUUAUGACUCCUUAGCAAAUAGUUUUUGAGAAUAAUGGUUAACCGUAAGAUUUAUCUAAUUUGAAAUAUCCAUUAAUUGUAAAAAGUAAAUAAGGAGCACUUACAGCUAAUUGUCAUAUAAUGGCAAUAGUAGUAAAUGAAAAAGGGCUUAUAGGAUUAUUUAAGCAAGAAUAAUUUAAGUAUCAGAUUAUUUGUAGAUUAGAGGAUAAUUAAUCUUGUAGUAAAUAAUAAACCAUAACAGCAUUAUAUACAAAAUAUAUCAAUUAGGAAGUAAAAUGAUAGUACAAAAACGUAAAUCAAUCCCUAAUAUUGAAGUAAACAAUUUCAAGUUUGAAGAAGUAUUUUAGAUAUUAAUUUACGUUAGGGUUUUUAUAUUUUUGAUACAUAAAAAGAUUUGUUUAAAAAUGUUUCAGAAUGUCUUAUAAAAGUAGAUGAAGGAAUUCAUGAGUGUUCAAAUGAGGUUUAAUUACUAAAACAAAUAGAAUUAUUGUCAUCAAUAAUAGCAAGAGAAUUUAAACUACAUCUUUUUGGAUUUGAUAUCAUUGGAAUGAAUUGGAAAUUUUACAUUAUUGAUAUUAAUCAUUUUCCAGGAUAUAAAAAUGUAAUAAAAUUCAAUACUAUAUAAGGUUGAAAAUGCAAGAGAAUUAUUUGAAUAAUUGUUUAUAUAAGUAUCAACAAAAUAAAUGAGGAUUUGA